CGUCUUACAGCAACACCGUGGGCUGGACUGACGGGGAAGGAUGUGGUCAUUUUUCGCACGGGAUCCUAUCAAAGACUUCAACUAUGACAUUUUAUCCAAGAACCAAGAAAAGUCAGGCAUUUGGACCCUUAGUCGGGGCAAGCGCAAGACAACGGGCGAGCCAGUGUCCGUCUUUGUGUACGAGGUGUCCCAGGGAACAGAGGAGCAGACACAGCUGGCUAAAGCUGCUUUCAAACGCACAAAAACACUUAGACAUCCCAACAUUUUGUCUUACGUUGACGGGUUGGAGACAGAGAAAAGCUUGUACAUCGUCACAGAACCCGUGACCCCUUUGGCUGCACACCUGAAAGUCCAGGCAGAGAAGGGCGGAGCUAGUGAUUUAGAGGUGUCAUGGGGCCUUCAUCAGAUUGUGAAAGCACUGAGUUUUUUGGUGAAUGACUGCCACCUCCUCCAUAAUAAUUUGGGCAUGUGGGCCAUCUUUGUGGACCGUGCGGGUGAAUGGAAACUUGGAGGGUUGGAUCAUGUGACCUCAGACCAGGGAGACUCGUCCGCUUUACCACCACCAAAAGUGAUCAACCCUGACCUGGAGAAAUAUGACCCUCCAGAGAGCCCUGGCAGUGGUGGAGAAAAAUGGACUGGUGAUGUGUGGCACCUUGGUUGUCUAAUUUGGGAAGUAUUUAAUGGACCUUUACCACGUGCCUCCUCAUUACGAUCUCUCGGCAAGAUUCCAAAGCAGUUAGUCCCACAUUACUGUGAGUUGGUGGGGGCAAACCCAAAGGUUCGUCCCAACCCUGCCCGGUUCCUCCUGAACUGCAGAUCUCCAGGAGGCUUUAUGAACAACAGCUUUGUGGAGAGUAAUUUAUUUUUAGAAGAAAUACAGAUUAAGGAACCUGCAGAGAAGCAGCAGUUCUUCCAGGACCUGAGUGAGAAUCUGGACUCUUUCCCUGAAGAUUUCUGCAAACACAAAGUGCUGCCACAGCUCCUUACAGACUUUGAGUUUGGCAACGCUGGCGCUGUCAUCCUCACACCGCUAUUUAAGGUAGGAAAGUAUUUGUCGGCUGAAGAGUACCAGCAGAAAAUCAUUCCAGUUAUAGUGAAGAUGUUCUCCUCUACCGACCGGGCGAUGAGGAUACGAUUGCUACAACAGAUGGAGCAGUUUAUUCAGUAUUUGAAUGAAGCAGCAGUUAAUUCCCAGAUUUUCCCACAUGUGGUUCACGGUUUCACAGACACAAACCCUGCAAUCCGAGAGCAGACUGUAAAGUCCAUGCUACUGUUAGCCCCUAAACUGAAUGAGACCAAUUUGAAUCAGGAGUUGAUGCGUCACUUUGCAAGACUGCAAGCCCGGGAUGAUCAGGGCCCCAUCCGCUGCAACACCACCGUAUGCCUAGGCAAGAUCGCCCCCUACCUCAAUGCUGGGAUUCGCCAGCGUGUGUUAAUCUCUGCAUUCUCACGGGCAACUAAAGACCCAUUUCCUGCCUCACGGGCAGCAGGUGUGCUGGGAUUUGCUGCCACUCAUCAAUAUUACAGUGUGACUGAGAGCGCCAGUCGUAUUUUGCCCACACUCUGCACACUGACUGUGGACCCGGACAAAAACGUCAGAGAUCAGGCGUUCAAAGCCAUAAAUAGUUUCCUCACUAAGCUGGAGACUGUUUCUGAAGACCCUUCUAAACUAGCAGAAAUAGAAAAAGAUGUGACUACAUCGGCACAGACAGGAGGCUCGGCUGCUACAUGGGCAGGAUGGGCAGUAACAGGUGUCUCGUCUCUCACCUCCAAACUCAUCCGAAAUGCUCCGGCUGGUUCAGAGGCACAACCUGCCGAAAACAGUCCCACCCCUCAACCUACUGCUGGAUCAGUAACCACAAAUACUGCAGGCAAAGACCCUGAAAUGAGCACACAGAGUUCCAGUGCAUAUGGAAUCCAAUCGGAGACGUCAAAUGAGAAAACAGCAGAGCCAGAUGGAGAACGGUGGGAGGAUGAGGAUUGGGGAAGCCUUGAGGACCCCGAGAAAGUACAAACAGAUCCAGACGAUUGGCACUCUGAUUGGUCAGCUGUUUCCUCAACACACAGGAAAAGUAAUGUGGGUCGGAAAUCCUCUGAGGCAGUUAAAAAGCAGAGUUCUGAUUGGAGCUCUGGCUGGGAUGCUGAUGACAGCUGGUCCAAUGAGAAAGACGCUGAUGUUCAGGGUCAAAGUUCACCUGCUGAUGAGGGCUGGGGUAACGACUGGGAUGACGAUGGGAAUUUGGCUGAGAGUUUCACCCCAACACCACGAAAUAAAGCCACCUCCUCAGCCGUUGUUUCAAAGAGUGCCAGCUCAAGCUCUGGCCAAGAAGGGGUGCGAUUGACCAGUGAUUACCACUGGGAUGGAUCAGGAGGAAAAUCAGCAACAUCUGAUCUGUUUUCCAGUGUGUCACAACGAGCAAACACCACUGCUGCUAUGCCGAAGUCUGAUGGCUGGGAUGUAGACACUGCAGGAGACUGGGGAACCGAAGAAAACUGGGAAUCGCUGGAUGGUGAUCAAGGUCUUAGCAAGGCAGAUUUGGCAAAGAAGAAACGAGAAGAGAGACGAAAGGAGCUGGAGGCCAAACGGGCAGAACGCAAGGCAGCAAAGGGUCCUCUCAAACUGGGCGUACGCAAACUGGACUGAGUUUUACGCCUUAACGUGGGAGGCACAGUGAAGACUGAGAAGUCCAAAGGCUCCGAUUGAACAUUAAUUGAAGAUGAAGGGACUGCGGUCAGUGCAAGAUUUUAAAGAAACAUUCCUGAUGGCAGAGAGGAGGAGCCUCACAUCUGUCUGUACAUUGGAAAACUUGGAAGAGGGAAGACGAGUCUGCUGGCUAACCUGCCACAAUAUUCCUUUAGUCUCCUCACAGUACAAUAAAUGUUUUUUAUAUUUAAAAAAUAUCAGUUUACUGAGUGAGCAUGAACUCACUUGGUUGAGCUAUUAGGAGUCAAGGGAGAUUUGAAAAAUAUAAUCCUAGAUACAGUUGAAGUCAGAAGUUUACAUACACUUCGGUUGUUCGUUAAAAAUAAUUUUUUAACCGCUCCACAGAUUUAAUAUUAGCAAACUAUAGUUUUGGCAAGUUGUUUAGGACAUCUACUUUGUGCAUGACACAAUUAUGUUUUCCAACACUUGUUUACAGACAGAUUGUUUCACUUUUAAUUGACUAUAUCACAAUUCCAGUGGGUCAGAAGUUUACAUACACUAAGUUAACUGUGCCUUUAAGCAGCUUGGAAAAUUCCUGAAAAUUAUGUCAAGCCUUUAGACAGUUAGCUUCUGAUAGGAGGUGUACUGAAUUGGAGGUGUAUCUGUGGAUGUAUUUUAAGGCCUACCUUCAAACUCAGUACCUCUUUGCUUGACAUCAUGGGAAAAUCAAAAGUAAUCAGCCAAGACCUCAGAAAAAAAAUUGUUCACUUGUACAAACAAUAGUACGCAAGUAUAAACACCAUGGGACCACGCAGCCGUCACACCGCUCAGGAAGAAGACGCAUUCUGUCUCCUAGAGAUGAACGUAGUUUGGUGCGAAAAGUGAAAAUCAAUUCCAAAACAACAGCAAAGGUCCUUGUGAAGAUGCUGGAGGAAACAUGUAGACAAGAAUCUAUAUCCACAGUAAAACGAGUCCUAUACCGACAUAAACGGAAAGGCUGCUCAGCAAGGAAGAAGCCACUGCUCCAAAACCACCUAAAAAAGCCAGACUACAGUUUGCAAGUGCACAUGGGGACAAAGAUCAUACUUUUUGGGGAAAUGUCCUCUGGUCUAAUGAAACAAAAAUUGAACUGUUUGGCCAUUAUGACCAUCGUUAUGUUUGGAGGAAAAAGGGUGAGGCUUGCAAGUCAAAGAACACCAUCCCAAAGCAUAGGGGUGGCAAUAUCAAGUUUUGGGAGUGCUUUGCUACAGGAGGGACUGGUGCACUUCACAAAAUAAAUGGCAUAAUGAGGAAAGAAAAUUAUGUGGAUACAUUGAUGCAACAUCUGAAGACAUCAGCCAGGAAGUUAAAGCUUGGUCGCAAAUGGGUCUUCCAAAUGGACAAUGACCCCAAGCAUACCUCCAGAGUUGUGACAAGAUGGCUUAAGGACAGCUAAUUCAAGGUAUUGGAGUGGCCAUCACAAAGCCCUGACCUCAGUCCAAUUGAAAAUUUGUGGGCAAAACUGAAAAAGCGUGUGCAAGCAAGGAGGCCUACAAACCUGACUCAGUUACACCAGUUCUGUCUGGAGGAAUGGGCAAAAAUUCCAGCAACUUAUUGUGAGAAGCUUGUGGAAGGCUACCAAAAACGUUUGACCCAAGUUAAACAAUUUAAAGGUAAUGCUACUAAAUACUAAGAAAUUGUAUGUAAACUUCUGACCCACUGGGAAUGUGAUGAAAGAAAUAAAAGCUGAAAUAUAUAAUUCUCUCUACUAUUAUUCUGACAUUUCAAAUUCUUAAAAUAAAGUAGUGAUCCUAACUGACCUAAGACAGGGAAUUUUUUUCUACGAUUAAAUGUCAGGAAUUGUGAAACACCUUGGCAAAUUACAUUUAAAUUCAGUUUAUGUAAACUUCUGACUUCAACUGUAUCUUUUAUGUAUGUACACUGAUAAUACAUCAACACAGACUCCUUAUGGCCUGAAUGUGGACUUUAUGACAGAUUAUGCAGACAGCUGUGAACUUAAUCAUGGUCCAAGGUGAGACAGAGUCAUUACUAUAGCAUGUGUAAACAGAUGAAUAUUUUCAAAACAAUGGAUUCACUGGUCCAAAGAAACAUUACAAGUCAUGAAAGGUGUUUUGGACUUUUGUUUGCCAUAUGACAUGGUCAGAGUGGAUGUUCUUAUUAUUUCUGGUUUGUGCCUUCAUUUUUUGUUCCAAGCGGGCAAUACUGCAUAUUUUGUAUUAUAAACUAAUCAAGAGAUGAUUCUUUAAGUUAACAAGACAUGUCUGUGAGAGCUGGUGCAAUAUUUUCAGACGGCGUUGUUCAUGUACUGUAUACACACGUUAAAUCCAACAUAUUAUGUACUAUAGUAAACAGACACGGUCUGUCAUUUGGACACAGUGCUUUGCUGUUGCAGGUAUUUGGUUUAGCAAAUGGUAACAAAGGCCUCACUGAUCUGUUGUAACACAGGCCAGCGACACAGAGUUGCCCUCCUACAUCAACACCACAAUAACUACACUUUCUAGCUUUUCUUAUGUGUAAAUUGUGCAACCGCACCCAGAAAGCAUCCCGGUGUAUUACACAACCACAAUUAUUUGUGCUUUAUUAGAAUUCACACUAUAAAACUACUAAAUGAAUGAAAAUGAGUCAAAAGAAUGAAUGGCACUAAGACACAAAUAUGUCAGUUUAAGGAAUUCAAAUAUUACCAGAUAAAAUAUUUAACCAAUCAUUCUCGAUUAUAUAGUAAUCAAAAAGCCUAAAAAUGGGUUAUUAUUAAAAUAAGUACAGGAAUCAAAAUAAAGUAUGGUAUCAAAAUA